CUGUCAGGUAUAGCACCCAAAUUUACAGAUAAGCCAAAGAUUAAACAGGCGGGCAAAAAUGUCGUCUUUGAGUGCACUCUUACCGCUGAUCCGAUUGGUGAGAUCAGCUGGUCUAAGGAAGGCACUGCAAUUGCAUCGGGUGGACGCUACAAGGCGGGUGUUCAGUCUUCAGGCACGAAUCACACACUGACUCUAGAGAUUUCCCAAAUCAAUGCUCAAGACGGUGGGGACUACGCAGUACUUGCCAAAAAUGCAUUCGGUGAAUCCUCCGCCAGCAUCAAACUUAACCUUGGAACCAAGGCGCAACCCCCGAAAGCCCCAAAAUUUCCAAACAAGCCAGAAAUCCGGAAGGACAAAGAUACCAAUGAGAUAGUCCUUUCCUGCCUUUUGGAAGGCAAACCGAAGCCCGAACUGACCUUCUACCUUGCUGACAAGGCGAUUGAAGAGAAGCCGGGUAAACGGACAUUCGUCGUCACACCCCUGUCAGAAGAUAACUACACUGUGGAGAUCCGCAUUGCCUCGCCCACUCCGGAGGACGGGGGAAACUACCGCAUAAACGCCAAAAAUGCCGCCGGAGAGAGCAACGCCUCAAUCAGUCUUAACCUCCAAGCAAAAGAAAAAACGGGAGACCAACCACCAGCAUUUGAACCAUCUUCAAUUAGGAAGGACGGAAAAGCAGUUGUCAUCGAAUGCCGAUGCACGGCGAAACCCGCACCCACUUUCAAAUGGCUAAAGGGAAGCCUUGAGGUGCGACCGCGCGUUGGAAAGUAUGAAAGGAAAAGUACCAAGGAUGGCGCCGUCUAUGUGGAAGUCCUACGCAUCCUUAACUUCGCCAGUAUCGAUGCGGAUUCUUACAUCCUCGUGGCCAAAAACAGCGGCGGAGAAGCCAAAGCAACGAACGUUCUUAAAUUCCCGAAAGUCAUUGGCAAACCCAAUAUAACCUACAGUGAAAACAAUAAGAAGGCAACGAUCGAGGUGAAGUGUGAGUCUUCGGAGGCAUGCACUGUCACCUGGAAGAAGGGUGCUACUCUCCUCAAGGAUGGUGGCCGUUUCACAAUCAAAAACACCCAAGAGGAAGGAACGGCGGUAGCAGUACUGACUAUUGACCAGCUCACUGAGGCUGACAAUGGUAUCUACGACUGCGAGUUUACCAAUUCUUUUGGCUCAGUAAAAGCAACCGGAUCGAUCAAAGUACAGGAAUACGAGACCGAAGGACCACAAAAGUCCAGUAUUCCAAAACUCACCUCGAAGCCCGAAAACAAGACUGCAGAGCCAGGCUCAACGGUCAUAAUCAAACUUGGCUACAACGGUGGUACAACCGCGCCCGUGGUGAAGUUUCUGAAACGUGGUCUGGACGUCACCACCGACUCCAGAGCUGUGGUUCGCGUGGACACUUUUGGAAAGACUGUUUCCAUGACUCUUCGCUCAGUCAAAGCUGAAGAUCAAGCUCUGUACACAGUUCAGCUCCUAUCGGGAGGCAAAGUCUGCGACACGGCCUCUUUUAGCCUCAAUGUAGAGAAGAAGUAA